CAAUUAGAACUAAUCACGCCCUUUCAGCUGUAUUUCAACCCUGAGUUAAUAUUUAAACACUUUCAAGUAUGGAGGUUAAUCACAAACUACUUAUUCUUUGGACCAGUUGGCUUUAAUUUUUUAUUUAACAUGAUCUUUUUAUAUCGUUACUGCCGAAUGCUUGAAGAAGGCUCUUUUCGAGGCCGGACAGCAGACUUUGUAUUUAUGUUCCUUUUUGGAGGACUUUUAAUGACCCUUUUUGGCCUGUUUGUGAACUUGGUUUUCUUGGGCCAAGCCUUCACGAUAAUGCUCGUGUACGUGUGGAGCCGCAGGAAUCCCUACGUCCGAAUGAACUUUUUUGGUCUCCUCAUCUUUCAAGCCCCGUUCCUACCCUGGGUUUUGAUGGGCUUUUCGCUACUUUUGGGGAACUCCAUCAUCGUGGAUCUCCUGGGUAUUGCUGUGGGACACAUAUAUUUUUUCCUAGAGGACGUCUUUCCCAAUCAGCCUGGUGGUGGAAGGCUUCUGAGAACACCGUCUGUCCUGAAAGCAAUAUUUGAUACACCGGAUGAUGAUCCUAAUUACAAUCCCUUGCCCGAAGAACGACCGGGAGGGUUUGCGUGGGGAGAAGGUCAGCGCCUUGGAGGCUAAUAAAUGUCUGUGCCAAAACCCAGCGACAACUGGGAGAGACUGACUGGAGUGAAGUUCCGUCCUGGGGACUUUCUCGUUCCCCAUCACAGAAAGGACACUUUUGGACAGCUCUUUGGUUUUGAAUUCAAGCACUUUAUGAAAUGACAGUCUAAUCCAAGACGCUUCCUGAUUACCAGUGUCUUUCCCAGUCAGGGAAUUUGUUGGACUGGUAAUGAAAAUACUAAUCCAGUGGAGCCAAAAAAACCUAAAACUGGAAACCAUUUCCUGUCAGCUUCAACGAGUACUGGUUUAAACUGAUUUCUAAAGCUUUUUUUC